UAGCAGUUGUCAAAAUUUUUGUCCAAGACUGAGUGAAUCAACAGCUGUUUUACAUUUUUAUAUUAUAAUACUAAUUAAAACUGGGUAACGGACAGGUAGUUUUGUACUCUUUAUUCAGGUCAUGGUAGAGUUUAUUAGUCUUAGUGUUACAUUUGAACAUGAAACAAAGGGCUCGCUCAAUGCAAGGCGGCGAUGAUUUAGUGGCUUAUGCCAUGGGGAAGAAGGCAGAAGAUGGUGAUCAUAACGAAAUACAACUACACAGAAUAAAACCCCAAGAUCAUUUUAUUGAAGCACAAGUCCAGGAAGGAGACACCUUACAAGCUAUUGCGUUGCGUUUUUAUUGUUCUAUAUCAGAGUUAAAAAGAAUCAACCAUAUACACAAAGAUAAUGAAAUAUUUGCAAGACGAACAAUAAAGGUUCCUGUGACACCAUACUCUGUCCUGACAGAGCUCAUACCAACACAGCCCUCAGAUCCUGUGCCUGCAGCAUCAAACAAUACAUCACUCUCUGGUAUACAGGAACUGCUAAACACUAACCAUUAUAAUGAACAUAUGAAUCAAAAUAAUGUAUCAAUAAAUGCAUCUCCCAAGGAGGAUCUACAGUGCUCUAUAGAUUGUAACAGUGUUGUUAUGAACAGCACUUUAGCGCCAUCUGUUGUCCCAUACACGGACUCUGAGCAGAAUGAACAAGCAACAGAAGAUACUCAACUUUUGCCAAGCAAAGAGAAGAUAUCUGUUGAAGCGGUUGUGGUGAAAGAGUUGACUUCUCAUGGAGCUGACUUUGGACUGAAGUGGUUCCAUUUAGUGUGCUGUAUGCUCAUUCUAGGUGUUGUGAUACCUCUUGUGUAUGUUAUGUUUUAUUUAGACAAACAUGAACAUUCAGAAACUGACCUUCCACCAUUACACUCCAAUCGAUGACUGACUGAUACAUG